CAGAAACCAAAAUCUUGAAUUCUAUAUUCUUUUUUAGAUAUCGCCGCCCCAACUUCAAGCGUCUACUAUCUGUAUCUAUCUAUUUUCAUUACUAUAUAUAACUUUCUGACCUAUAUUUCACAGCUAUAUAUAUCCUUUUUCUGCAACAAAUUGUUCAUUACUCACGUAUAUACUUAAUUUCUCAUAUCAAUGGCGUACUCAAACAGAUACAACAACAACAAUUCUCAGUCUUAUGCUCCUUCUGCACCAUCCUUUCCUGGAGAACAAUCACCAUAUACUUCUGCAUCAGCUGCUCCAAAUUACUAUGCCCACCACUCCCAAUCCUAUCCUCAUGGGACUACUACUCCUUCUUCCUCCAAUUCUGCUUAUGGCUCAUAUGGGCAACAGUACCCCCCAUCAUCAUCAUCAUCAUCAUCAGAAUUUCCAGCUGGGACACACCCAGAUGUGAUAAGAAGCUUUCAGACGGUGGAUAGGGAUAGGAGUGGUUUUAUUGAUGAGAAUGAGUUGCAGCAAGCUCUUUCUUCUACUUACCACAGGUUUUCUCUUAGGACCAUUCGGCUGCUCAUCUUUCUCUUCAAGAAUCCCAAUGCCCCUCUAACAAUUGGGCCAAAAGAGUUUGCUGCACUAUGGACUAGUCUUGGUCAAUGGCAAGCCAUUUUUCAGAGAUAUGAUAAAGAUAGGAGUGGUAAAAUUGACUCAUUUGAGCUGAGAGAUGCUCUCUAUGGUAUUGGCUAUGCAAUCCCAGCUUCUAUUCUCCAACUACUGGUUUCCAAGUAUGAUGAUGGAAGUGGCAGGAGGGUUGAACUUAAUUUUGACAGUUUUGUUGAAUGUGGGUUGAUUUUGAAGGGCUUGACAGACAAAUUUAAAGAGAAGGAUAGGCAGUGUACCGGUUCAGCAACGCUUUCUUAUGACACAUUCAUGUCUAUGGUCAUUCCUUUUCUUGUAUCUUAUAAUUAACUUGAUGUGAUGCUAGUCAUUUUUGUGUUCUUGAUUCAUUUGAUUGUAUGGAACCAAUUCUCUUGAGGUGAGCAAGAGCUUGUAGAGUUAAAGUGAGUUUUGUUAAGCAUUUUCUUUGUAUACUUAGAAUUUUUUAUUAAUGCAAAAAAGUAAUCCUUCCUUUUGUAUCUCA